AUAUGCAAAAUAUGCCCACCCAUCACUGAGCAGUCGCAAAAGUCGGAAGAAGGAAGCCAUUUUGGUUCAAAGCCUAUCACGAUAGGGUGCUAAUUUCUCUUCGUUUCAUCGCAUACAAGGGAUUCUGAUCGUUCUCACAUACAUUCUCGGUCACUAUAGUAUGUCCACAAUGAAUCCCGAGUAUGACUACUUGUUUAAACUUCUGCUGAUUGGAGACUCAGGUGUUGGAAAGUCCUGUCUACUUUUAAGAUUUGCUGAUGACACCUACACAGAGAGUUACAUCAGUACAAUUGGUGUUGACUUCAAAAUACGAACAAUAGAACUAGAUGGAAAAACAAUCAAGUUACAAAUUUGGGACACAGCCGGUCAAGAAAGAUUCCGAACAAUUACAUCCAGCUACUACCGAGGUGCCCAUGGUAUUAUAGUAGUGUACGAUGUAACGGACCAGGAAUCUUUUAACAAUGUGAAGCAGUGGCUACAUGAAAUAGACAGAUAUGCUAGUGAAAAUGUAAACAAAUUAUUGGUAGGAAACAAAUCUGACUUGGAAAUGAAGAAAGUGGUUGAUUACACUACAGCAAAGGAAUAUGCAGACCAGUUAGGAAUUCCCUUCUUAGAAACCAGUGCUAAAAACGCUACAAACGUUGAACAGGCUUUCAUGACGAUGGCAGCAGAGAUAAAGAACAGGAUGGGCCCAGUGACAGCUGCCGCGGACAACAAAACCAAUGUGAAAAUAAACCCGAGCACACCAGUGAAGCCCUCUGGUGGCGGCUGCUGUUAACUGGAAAGGCUUUCUAAGUCACCGGGACACACUAUUUGUAAUUUCCAAUACAUGUAAUUUGAUAUAUGUAUUUCUGAUUUACUCAUUAUUGCCAUCGUUUGAUGACAUUUGAAAGAAGACCAACUAUACGUCUUUCAGUAAAUUAUGGUGGGAUGUUAUAACUGCAGGAGACAACAAAUAAAGAACAUUUGUUAUGUAAGUGCAACACACAGACCAUCGUAUUCUGUCAUAUCAUGAGAUAUUGAUUAAUUGUAGAGGUGUAAGUUGGGGUCGUGAAGGGUUGGUGUGGGUGAUAUGGGGAUUGGGUCGGGAUCAAAAUAAUGCACUGUGAUCAGACAAAGAAAAAACACACUACCCUACUUGAACAACAAAUAAAAAAUUUAGAGUGAAACAAUUACUGUGUUCAUUAUGUAGGCUUAUUUAUUUUCCUGGUCGUCUUUAUAUUUAACUACCUUUUGAAUUCCUUUCGUAGCAAUGUUAAAUUUAAGCUUUAAUGGUUUACACUUAAAGUGAUAUUUCAACUCGGAUGUCUAAAUAUCACUUGAUUGGUGAUAUUUCAACUUGGAUGUCUUAAAUAUCAUUUACUAUAUUGUUCUUUUUUGUGUAAGUGUAAGUCAAAAACAUAUUUGUUGAUUGAAUAUCUGGGUAAAAUUAUGUAAAAACAAUUUUUUGACAAAUAUUAAUUGUACGUUGUGUAAUCAGUGCUGUGACUGGACUGUCCAGAAAUGUGCUGGGUAUUUGUGGUAAGUUAAUGUGCUUGAUUGAGGUGUCAAUGUGAAUGUGGCUGAAACGGAAUCGUUUCAGAAAUUUAAGAUUUUAAACAAAAAUACUGUUUGGGUGAGAGUCCAGAAAGUACAGCGUCUUUGUUUUUGCCAAUAAUUUCUUGGAUGAUAUUUAUAUAUGAAUCCUUCAAUAUUUAUGUUUGCAUAUUAACUUGUAAAGUGGUGAUGUACAUAGUAUUACAGGAAAAGAAUGAGAUAGUCAUGUUUUAUAGUGCACCAUGAGAGCUAUUAUGAUGAGAGAAUUCUCUUCAGUCUUCAUUUUUUCCCAAAUAUUGGUUUAUCUGUUCUUCAUAUUCUUGUAUAGUAUACAAAAAACUGUUUUCAUCAGCUGUCGGGAGAAAGCAAUUACGUGAAAAUUCAAGAGUUUUAAAAUGAAAGUCAGCAUUCCACUGGCAAAUAUACUAUUUAUCCAUCCAUUUUUUUGCUAGGUGUAACUCAUGAAUGUCGUGAUACAAGAGUUAUGUACAUAAUUGACAGAAAGGCAGAACGUAUGAGGUAUGGGUAACUGUGUAUCAUUUAUAGCUGUUACCAUUUUAGUGGAGUAUUCCUUUUAACACAACAAUGCAUAUGUUAUUGGCAUACAUAUGUGAGGCACAGAAAAUAUCUAUUGUCAUUGCUGUUUAUGUUAAACUGUCAUAAUUUUAUGGUUCAAACUUGUGUAAAAAUAGUGUUUUCAAAGUGAAGCAAGUAGUCUAUCAAAACAAAUAGAACAAUUUCAAAUUGUUUCAAAAACAUUGAAUUUGCCAAAAGUGAUGUGUUAAGUUUUGUGUGUGCACUUUCUGUUGAAGAUACUUGUACCAAAAUCAAGUCACUACAAAGAGGACCGUUUUACUUUGAGAUAUUUUUACCAUGUACAUCAGUGACAAAUAAUUUGGUUGUAAUUAUUGCUUUUCCAGAAUAAGAACUACCGAUGUCAAUAGUCCACACCGGGUUGUAAUGUCCAACCUUCCUCACAUCAUAGUGUCUGCAUUUAUGUUACGACCCUCCUGUUGCCUUGUUCCCUUCACACGUUUAUCAUUCAUUCAUUUUGAAACAAUUUGAUUUGUUAAGAUAUUGUGUGGUACAAGUUAUGUAAGAAGAUGGUAGGUGGGUAGGGUACAAGGCAGCAGUGAGUUGGGGAGCUUGCGAGUCUGUGCCUCACAGUCAGAGUUAUGUUAAACAAGGAACAAGCUGGCUUGUAUCAUUUGCAGUCUGUAUCACUGCAUGGCUAGUUCUCAUCUGUUCAGUCAAUAAAAUCAAUAACUAUGACCUGUA